UUUCUUCCGAGUAUUCUAUAAUAGUUAUAAAAGCUGGUCGGCGGUUUUGGUUGUUUCGCCAAGGUCAACGGGUAAGCGGGCUUCCAGCAGCUAGAACUCGUUCAGCUAGUUUCACCCUGGAUAGAAUUAUUGAAAGCUCCCGAGCUCUAUGCAUGAUGAUCAGCUGGGAUGAUCUGAUGUAGUAGAAUCCUGUUCCCCGUCCAUUCCUUCAAUUUUCUUAUUAGUUGUGGAACUCCGUUGGCGCUGAAAGAAAGAGCUGGGCCACGUGAUUUUGCUCACCUGGCUCGAAAUGGUGAAGAACGACCAAUCCCCUGUCCCCAGAUACGACGUCAAUCCACACGGCCACACCCCAAAGGCUCAUGAAACAACCACCAAAGGCCAAGCGGAUAUGGUUGGAGCCAGGGGCCAUUUUAUUUUCUUUCAAUAUCGCCCUUCAACCAUCAUGUUGUUUAACGGCCUUUCCCUACAUCCCGUAUGAAUAAUGACCAGCAAGUGACAUAACACGCAAUGAUGCCGACAGCCGAAAACCGCAGUGCGGAACCAGACCGAUCAAUCCAUACCAGCACCGUCCGCAAGCUCGAUUUCAUCCUCCUUCCGUUUCUCUCUGUCCUAUUCCUUGUAAAUUCCCUCGACCGCUCUAAUAUUGGGAAUGCCGAAACAGCCCAUUUCACUCGUGACGUCGGGCUACAACCUGAAGAUUUGAAUGCGGCGGUAGCAUGGUUUUUUGUCUUCUUUGUUGCUCUGCAGCCCGUCGGGGCUGCGGCGGGAAGAAAGUUCGGAAUGAGCAGAUGGGUGCCGAGUGUUAUGACGCUCUGGGGAGUUUGCACGCUGCUGCAUAUGUGGGUCCGACAUAGAUGGCAGCUUAUUUUGUUGAGGGUUGUACUCGGGGCUUUGGAAGCUGGCUUCUACCCUACUGCGGUAUCCUACCUUUCGCUGUUUUACACCCGUUUCGAGUUUGGACGUCGACUUGGGCUCUUUUAUGGGUCGUACGGAGUAGCAGGAGCUCUUGGAGGAGUAAUUGCGUAUUCUGUUUUCUCUCGUUUCCCUCCAAGUGAAGAACCCAUCGACGGCAGUGAUACUGCCUCAGAUUCACACCCAGGAACUUUAAGGCCAUGGCAAAUUCUCUUCUUGGCUGAAGGAUGCCUAACUAUUGUAAUUGCGAUCAUCGGGUUUUUCUGGCUGCCCCGAAGCGUGGGAACUGCUUGGUUUUUGAAUGAAGAAGAGCGAGCGUACGCAGAACAGCGCAUCCUUGUUGAUCGGGCGGACGCCGAUUGUCAGAGUCAAAAAGCCUUGAAUUCCACGACAUUGUCAGAUGAGCUUCUAGAAGAAGAAACCCUAACUGGGCCUGAUGAUGAACAGCGACUUCGGCUAUUACCAGACCAUAACAGCACUAAGAAGCAGCCUUGGGUGAGCUCCAACGUUUCAUCAGACUCGGGACUAUCCAAGUCGGAACUCCUAUCCACGGUUCUAUUUCUACCUCUAAUGCUCCCGAUUCUCCUUCUCAAUAUUGCUUCUGCUAUCCCUAACACUGGCUUCUCCGUUUUUCUUCCGUUGGUUCUAUCCUCCCUUCAGCUUUCAUCCCCCACCCUCAGCAACCUUCUCACCGCUCCUCCAUUCCUUCUCGCGUCAAUAUUCCUCUAUAUCUUCAGCCAUUGGAGCGAUAAGUCACGGAAACGCAUCAUCCCAAUAUUAGCAAGCCUCAUGGUGAUAGCUCUCGGCCUACUUCUUACGGUUUUUCUUUCAUCGUCCUCUUCCUCUACACCCCUUUCCCCAGCCAGGGCUACAGCUAUAUAUUUCUCUCUAUGUGUACUUCUGAGCGGAAGCUACAUCCCCAGCCCACUAACCGUAACAUGGCUGGCAAGCAACAUUCCGAACCCGGGAAAACGAACCAUGGUCCUAGGGAUAAACGGGUACGGGAAUCUAGCGGGAGUCUUCGCGUCUCUUAUCUUCUCCCCACGCUUCCAGCAGGAUGCCUAUCGCAUUCCAUUACUCAUUACAUUGGGCUUCGUGUUGCUUAGUUUCGUGGGGUUUGUAGCGCUCUGGGUGGUGGUACGUGUGAUAAAUGAUACCAGAUCUAGGUUUUCCGCAGCGACACUAAGAGCUACGGCUGUAGAUUUAGAAACUGAUCAUUCAUCCUCUGGCCACCUCUCGGGUGUUGGUGGGUUUGGAAAAGUUCCUCCCUUGGCUGUUGUAGGAGGGACAUGGUGGGAUUCGCGCGUGAGGUACUGGAUUGGAGUGAAGCUGUUGGGGAUGGGUGGAGAGGAUGCCCGUGUGCGACGGGGAGAUGAGAUGCUCACUUUUCAAUAUGGCCUCUAAUACUUAUUUUAUAUUGUUUUCUUUUCUGUCCUUAUGCUAUUUUAUGUUUAGAUAGGAUACCACCCAACUUUGGCACGACGUUAUGACCCCCUUUACAAGCUGCGCAAUAUACACUUAAACACAGUAAGAAGUCACCUGAAAAUUUCGCAACUUUUAAAAUAGACUCAUGGGAAGUUGAACAUCAACGAACAAAUAAAUCGCACAUGUCAUAGAAGCAGCAUCCGUAGUAUUAUCGAAGCGUGACUCCCGCCGACAUUUCUGCCUAUGAUAUUGGUAUGC